AUUUGCCGGUGGCAAUGCAGAUAGAAAAUGGGCUGAUAACAGAAAAAUCAAAAGAGGAUAUUGCAAAAGAUCUGAAGAUUAACAUUGAAAUUCUCCAAGGAUGUCUUAAACAAGCAAAAGAUCUUUCGUUCAUUGCCGUAGUAGAUGUCCUGUUCAACAAUGGUUUAGUAUACUUAAGACUUGAUGUAAAAAGCGAAGCCCAACUUGAAACCAUAUAUGAAAAUCUUUUGGGCAGGAAAAACGCAUUCUCCGAAUGGUUGUCCAACUAUUUCAUGGAUAAGUCAAUGGAGUUUAUAGCAGGAUUGAGCUUAAAUACGAAAAUAAACUGCCACAUCUGGAUACCAAAGAAUAUAUAUUUGAAAUGUAAAUUGGAACUUUGCGAGCAAGAAGAAUGUGACAGAAAUGAAAAUAACGACGAACAGAGCAAACCUGUUAAGAAUAAUAUCAGCAGCGUGAGCCAGAUGGUUGCUCAAAUUGAAUCUUCCAAUUCGAUGUCAAAAAGCAAAAUAACUCCUACAGACACUACGAGUAUUGACAGUAAAGUUCAAAAGCCACCCGGUGGAUAUCCGUACGAAUCAAGAGAGCAACAAUUGCCAUCUUCAACAAAAGGAGAAUUUGUUAUGAAGACGUUUUUAUUAUACUACCCAUACACAAAAGGUUGGACUGUUAAAAGAAUUCAAAUUGAAAGUGACAGCAAAUAUCUUAAAGCUAUUAUGAAACGGCAUGGUCCUGAAAUGUAUGAAUAUUCGGUUAAUAUACCAAAAGAAGAAGUAAAUUUCUCAUACCAUUAUAUAUGUCAUUUAAAAAGUGAAAGCUUGUUUAAUGUGAAGGGAAAUUUGAUGGGAACUCCUCCAGUGAGAAGUAGGAACUACCAUGUAGAUGAAAAAACUUUACAGAGGGAUUCCUGGAUGCGUCAAGGACAGAAAAUACAAGAUCCGUUCAAAUAUGAUGAGGAAUGCCUGGCUGCACACUUGACUGAUAUAUUAUUUCAUUGUGAGUCAAACAUUUCUAUAAAUGAUGCCUGCAAUCAAAUAGAAAAGUUGUGUGAAAGAUCCCUACCGAAGAUGAAUGCAUUGCGUCUGUUGAAAGAAUUUGAACAGUUUCUUCCAUCAGGUUCAAAUAAAACAAAACUUUUAUUUGUUGUGGCCAUCGGAAAUGUUUUGAAAAAUCCUCAACAAUUAGAACAAGGAGAAACAUUAACCCGCUUAACAAUUAAAAGCCUGUUGGACAAUUUAAGAUACUUUAGAUUAGGAGAUUUUCAUGCUUCCUGCAGAGUGUACGUAAAAAAUGUUUGCUUUGCACUAUGUUGGACUUUGUACGGAGAACAAAUGUGUGUGGUCGAAUAUCUUAACACUUGUUGUCCCUUUUAUGAUGACACAUUUAUUUUGGAUCGACUCCAGUAUUAUGUCAAAACACGCACAAUUAUUGCACGCGAUAAAGAGUCAAUAUUUGACCAUGCACUUCAAUUUUGUUAUAAAUUGUACAACUCGUCAAGGCAAGAGUCAUCAAAUCAAGCACGAGACGCUCUUGAUAUACUUCUGAGACAUUUCUCAUUUAAUAUGACUUUAUUUGUUGUAUCAAAAAUGUUAAGCAACAUUAGUGGGAUGUCAGCAGACGAGACAGAUCUACAAAAUGUGCUGUCUAUUGCAUUUCAAGUAAGAAUAGAUACAGAAUUAAGAGCAAUUAAAAAAGACAAAAAUAUUCCAAACUUAUACGACCUUUGGAAAAAAAUAACAAGUAGUGUUAAAGCAUAUAAGCAGCUUCAGACAAAAUUUGAAGAAACAUUGCUUAUCAUCUUAGAGGCCCUUCCUUCAUCAAUUGAAUGCUCUACUGAUAUUGUUGCAAUGUUUGUUAUCGACUUUGGCUUUUUCAGAAACGAGAUUGACAAGCGAAAAUUUCUACAUAUCAUUAUGGUAUCACAUAAUCAAAACAUACAUGAAUUAUUUUUCACAAUUUUGCAGAAUGAAGAAUUUGCAAAUGUUUUUGAUUUUAUAGAAAUUGAUGCCUUUCAAAGAUUUUCGUUUAACUAUCUCACUGGAAAUACUCAUUACAAAAUGGAAAGGGGCCAGGAAUUCCAAGGUUUUUUCACACGCUUUUGUAGACUUUGGAACCUAAAAAAUCUUCCACAAUCUGGCAAGCAAAUUGAAGUUCUUAAGAACAUUCUUCUGCAAGAACUCGACAAAUAUCGACUCAAUGAGUUACUGAAGCACACGAAAGCAAUAGAUAUCAUUUCAGACGAGAACAAAGAUAUAGGCACUAUAUUUGAAUGUUAUAUAAGUCAUACAUUGAAGGAAAGAAAUGAAAGACCGGAGGACGUGCUUAAAAAUCUAUCAGAUCAAAGUGGAAAGCCGAUACUAGAAACAAAUUUAGCUGCAAAAUUGGUGUGCAUGCUUUUGGACAUGAAUGAAAUAAAAUCUGGGGAAUCCUCUGACUUUGACAAUUUUCUUCAUCUUGUUGCUAAGUAUCAGUUUUGGAUACCAGUAUUUCAAUGUACUGGCCAACACAUUGACAUUGUACAUAUGAAUUCAAACUACAUAGCAGCAAGAGUAUGCAUUUCAAGAAUGGGUAAUUAUUUCAAGACACACGAAGUUAACUUUGAAUUCGUUCAAAAACUUGAAAAAAGUCAAGAGUCACGUGAUUCUGCGAAAAGGUUGCUUGAACUAGAAUUCUACACAACUGAAAUCGAUCAGUAUUGGUCCGAAGCAUUGAAUAGGUUCAAAGAGGUUAAAGAUAAACUCCGUAAAACACACGAGGUCUUGGCACAUGUAAAACAAAAUUCUCCAAAUCUUCCUGUUGGUUUCGAAAAUGUGCUCACUAAAAUAUGUGAAAAUGAAAAAAGAUUUGUUACCGGUAUUAUAAAAGCAAAUGAAUGCCGUAAUAAUACCCAUAUGUGGCAAGAUAUAGAGCAGCUGCCAGACAUUUGCGAGUACCUUUAUAAAGUAAUUUCAUCAUAGGUCUUUUGGAAU